AUGCGUUACGUGGCCGCGUAUCUUUUAGCCGUGCUGGGCGGUAAGGCUUCCCCAGCUGCUGCUGACGUUGAGAAGAUCCUCAGCUCUGUGGGUAUUGAGGCAGACUCCGAGAAACUGAAGAAGGUCAUCUCGGAACUCAAUGGCAAGAGUGUAGAAGAGCUGAUCGCACAAGGUCGUGAGAAGUUGUCAUCCAUGCCCGUCGGUGGUGCAGCGCCCGUGGCCGCGGUCGCCGCUGCUGCAGCGCCGGCAGCUGAGGAGAAGAAGGAAGAGAAAGAGACCAAGAAGGAAGAAUCUGAGUCUGACGAUGAAGAUAUGGGCUUCGGUCUCUUCGACUAA